UCCGAGGGAAACGCACACGUCGCGUCUCUUCUGCGUGAAAGAACGAUUAUUUUUGUGAAAUAUUAAUCCUCCCUCUCUCCCUCUCUUUCUUUCAAAAAACUUCUGAGAACCUUUUUUCCUCUCGUGUUGACCGAUGAGAGAAAAAGACAGAAAGACAGAAAGAAAGGGAGAGAGAGAGAGAGAGAGUGAGUGAGAGAGAGUGAGAACGAGAGUGCAAAUACGUAGAUAAUUCACGGAAGUGCGUGCAAGAAGAGGAACGAAAAUUUUCAACAUGAUUGGCGAUUCCUUUCGGAGGACAGUCAACUUGGUUGGUUGUUUGCCUUCUUGAGGAUCUUCUUUCCAUUAUGGAAACAAUCUUUGUCGAUCUCAAUAUCGAUCUUUUGGUCGGAAAAAUGUAAAAAUCUAAGGCUACACAGAAAAUUGGUUGGAAUCGAUCUUAAGAGCCCUGCCCGAGUGCCGGAGGGAUGCUCGGAAGCGGGGAACGACUUGACCUUGGCUGGAUUCACGCGUAGCUGAGCUAACGCAAAAUCGAAACGCGUUACUUCCACCGCGUGGAUCCUCCUAAAGCCGAGUUCACAUCGUUUCUCGAGACUCGACUCGAAUCAUCCUAAUCGCUUUCCUAAUCUCGACAGCGAGAAGGACAGCUUUCUUCAAUUUUAUCCUUCGAUGAUUCGAUACUGACCUGUAGCGUGCCAAAGGCCCGAAGAUUCUGCCUUCGCAGCAGCUCGGCGCUGCGGUCGCUCCAUGGCCGGGCGCCACCGGCCUCCUCGCCUCCGUCACCGCUGACGAUAUGGCACACAAAGGUCACAGCGGAGUGAACCAAUUGGGUGGUGUCUUCGUCGGUGGUAGACCGCUUCCUGAUUCGACGAGGCAAAAGAUCGUCGAAUUAGCUCAUUCCGGGGCACGUCCUUGCGACAUCUCAAGGAUCCUGCAGGUCAGCAAUGGCUGCGUUUCGAAGAUCCUUGGCAGCAGGUACUAUGAGACCGGAUCUAUAAGGCCAAGGGCCAUUGGCGGCAGUAAGCCGCGAGUGGCCACGGCGGAAGUCGUCAGCAAGAUUUCACUUUAUAAAAGUGAGUGCCCGUCGAUCUUUGCUUGGGAGAUCAGAGAUCGUUUACUUCAAGAGGGCGUGUGCACGAACGACAACAUUCCAAGCGUUUCGUCCAUCAACAGGGUAUUGAGGAACUUGGCGGCACAGAAGGAACAAAGACAACAACAGCAACAACAGCAACAGGGUGUAGGGGCAGUUGGCGUUGGCGUCGGCGUAGGUGUUGGCGCUGGUAGUCCUGCUGAGAGCGUUUACGACAAGCUCAGGCUACUGAACGGACAGACCACUGGCUGGCCAAGACCCAAUCCCUGGUAUCCGUCGGGUGCGGGAAGCCCUUUCUCGAGUCUUCAGCCUAGUCUAAGUCCGAGCCAUUGCACGGCGCUACCGCCUGAUCCCGCUGAUAUUCUCCACGCCAAAAAGGUGGCUGAACUCGAAGGAGGCGCUCAUUCUGACGAGACCAACAGCGGCGGUGACAACAGUAACGCCGGCAGUGUAUCUGGUGGUGCAGACGAUGAUCAAGCACGUUUACGACUUAAGAGAAAGCUUCAGAGGAAUCGUACGAGCUUCAGCAACGAGCAAAUCGAUGCUCUUGAAAAGGAAUUCGAGAGGACGCAUUAUCCGGAUGUAUUUGCAAGAGAACGACUCGCUGGGAAGAUUGGCCUACCGGAAGCUCGAAUACAGGUAUGGUUUUCGAAUCGGCGGGCAAAGUGGAGACGAGAGGAGAAAUUGCGUACGCAACGGAGGGACAACCCGCAGCAGCAGCAACAACAGCAACAACAGCAGCAACAACAACAGCAACAACAACAACAGCAACAACAACAGCAACAGCAACAGUCACAGGCUCAACAGCAACAGCAACAAUCUCAUACGGGAGGUGUUAGUCUCGUGGGUGCUGGUCAUCCUACGCCACCUCCACCGACUGGUAUUCUUGGUGGACAGGCACCACCACAGGCACCACCGUCACCACCCAGAAUACAUCAUGGAUUUGCACCAACCGCUGUUUAUCCAGGAAUACCUAGCAUGCCGGACUCUUACAGUCCCAUGACAUCAAUGCCAAGUUUCACGAUGUCAGGUGGCAGCCAACAGAAUCAACAUACGACCAGCAGCAUGUCUUCACUGUCAGGGUCUCUUUCGGGUUCGUUAUCAGGCUCGCUAUCGGGAGGUGGCAUGGGUCCAAUGGGAAUGACGGUUGGCAUGACUGUUGGCCCUAGUCCUGGCGCGUGCCUUCAACAACGUGACAAUGGUUACUCUUGUGGCGUAGCACGACCACCAAGUUACGAGCCGCUUCAUUUGGGAUACGGUGCGAGGCCAACCUGCAGUCCGACCCAGCCUUACCACACCGCGGGCCUUAAUCAGUACAAUCAGAACGCCAGCUCGACCGGUCUGAUAUCACCGGGCGUGAGCGUACCGAUCGCAGUGCCAGGACAACCAGCACCAGACAUGGCGGCGCAAUAUUGGUCACCAAGGCUACAGUGACCGUGGUGGUCCUCGACGUCGACCUCGUCCUCCUAGGCACGAGUUUCUUCGUCCUCGAUCAGAACCAGAAUAUAAUCGUCGUCGGUUUUAGGACCACCAAGAAAUUUAAUAGAAAGGAAGAAAGAAAAAAAAGGAAAGGAAAGGAAAGGAAAAAGAAAAGAAAGAACAAAUGAACGAAAGGAUUUUAUAUCAAUUUUCUUAUCGAACACGAUGAGAAGGGACAAGUGUGCGAAGAAUUCGAGUUUUUCAAACGUCGAGCGCCUUUUCUUCUUCUUUUUUUUCUUUUUCUUUCUUGUUUCUUUUACGCUUCUUUUUUUUUUGUUUUGUUGUUGUUGUUUUUUUUCUUUUUUUUUUUUUUUUUCUUUUAGAUUCGACGAUGAUAAUACGACGAUUCAACAGAAAAGUGAUAAUCGAAAACGAUAUCCUCAAGGUCGUUGUGUCGUCAUGAAAAAGGAAAAGAAAAAAAAAAAGAAAGAAAUAGGAAAAUGCAAGCACCACCGAUCAAUAAUAUUGUAAUUUUGAUUCAACGAGAUAUCAAAGAAAACUUUCCUUCGAUAGUUAAUCGUAAUCGGUAAAAAGA